AUGAGAGAUUAUAAAUUAGUAGUAUUGGGUGCGGGUGGUGUCGGUAAGUCCUGCCUAACCGUGCAGUUUGUACAAGGGGUUUAUUUGGAUACAUAUGAUCCUACUAUCGAAGAUUCUUAUAGAAAAACUAUCGAGAUCGAUAACAAGGUAUUCGACCUGGAAAUUUUAGAUACAGCGGGUAUUGCGCAAUUUACUGCGAUGAGAGAAUUAUACAUAAAGUCAGGAAUGGGGUUCCUGUUGGUGUAUUCAGUAACAGAUCGACAAUCUUUAGAAGAAUUAAUGGAGCUAAGAGAACAGGUUCUUAGGAUCAAAGAUUCUGAUCGCGUUCCGAUGGUUCUAAUAGGUAACAAGGCAGAUCUAAUCAACGAAAGGGUAAUAAGUGUGGAAGAAGGUAUAGAGGUAAGCAGUAAAUGGGGUAGAGUCCCAUUUUAUGAAACAAGCGCUUUGUUGAGGAGCAAUGUUGACGAAGUGUUCGUUGAUUUAGUUAGGCAAAUUAUUCGGAAUGAAAUGGAAAGUGUUGCUGUUAAAGAUGCAAGAAAUCAAAGCCAACAAUUUAACAAAGUUGAGUCUUCAUCAACUAAGCUCCCCAGUUCUGCAAAACAAGAUACAAAACAAUUAAACAACAAGCAAUCAUCUAAAGGGUUAUAUAACAAACCAUCACAAGGACAGACUAAAGUUAAACAAUCUACGCCGGUCAAUGAAAAGCGCAAACCAUCACAUGCUGUUCCAAAAUCUGGUUCUAGCAACAGGCCAGGAACUAACGCUACCUCACAACAAAGAAAGAAAAAGAAAAACAGUUCCACUUGCACUAUUCUGUAA